AUGAACCUGGAGCCACCACCCAGUCCCUUCACUGGCCUGGAGAGACAGGAUGGAUACUUUUCUCACCGUCCCAAAGAGAAAACGCGAACCGACAGCAAUAACGAGAACUCAGUGCCGAAGGACUUUGAAAAUAUCGAUAACAGUAACUUUGCCCCGAGGACUCAGAGGCAGAAACAUCAGCCAGAGCUGGGGAAGAAGCCACUGAGCAAACAGAAGGAGCACCUGAGGAAGAAGCUAGAGAAAGGGGAAAAGAUGAAGGAGAAUUCACUCCUGGGGAAGAGCUCUAACGAGGUGCUGGGAAGCAGAGACCGCGCUCCCAAGAAUAGCAGCCACGGCAGCAGCCUGAAAGACAUCCCCAGGCCCCCCAAACAGCAGCAGGUGAAAAAAGGUGGUGGCGGCUCCCCCGAGAUCAAGUACGAGCAGCCCCCCAAAUGUGACAUCUCAGGGAAGGAAGCCAUCUCGGCUCUGUCCCGCUCCAAAUCCAAGCAGUGUCGCCAGGAGAUCGCGGAGACGUACUGCCAGCACAAGUACGGGAAACUGAUGCCACUGGAGAAGGUGACACGCUUCUGUCCUCUUGAAGGAAAGGCCAGCAACAAUGUGCAGUGGGAUGAGGACUCAGUGGAAUAUUUGACCACCAACCCCGUCCGGAUCGCAUUCGUCUUGGUGGUCCAUGGCCGGGCCUCCCGACAGCUCCAGCGCAUGUUUAAGGCGAUUUAUCACAAAGACCAUUUUUACUAUAUCCACGUUGACAAGCGUUCCAAUUAUUUAUACCGGCAAGUCCUGCAGUUUGCUGGCCAGUACCCAAACAUACGGGUCACCUCAUGGCGCAUGGCCACCAUCUGGGGAGGAGCCAGCCUCCUGACCACCUACCUCCAGAGCAUGAGAGACUUAAUGGAGAUGACUGACUGGCCGUGGGAUUUCUUCAUCAACCUCAGCGCCGCCGACUACCCAAUCAGGACAAACGACCAGUUGGUAGCAUUUCUCUCCCGCUACCGAGACAUGAACUUCCUGAAAUCACACGGCCGAGACAAUGCAAGGUUUAUCCGAAAACAAGGCCUGGACAGGCUGUUCCUCGAGUGUGACACCCACAUGUGGCGACUGGGAGACCGGAAGAUCCCAGAAGGCAUCACAGUUGAUGGAGGCUCUGAUUGGUUUCUGCUCAACAGGAAGUUUGUGGAGUACGUGACCUUCUCCAACGAUGACCUGGUCACCAAAAUGAAGCAAUUUUACUCCUAUACUCUGCUUCCUGCUGAGUCUUUCUUCCACACCGUCCUGGAGAACAGCCCCCACUGUGGGACCAUGGUGGACAACAACCUGCGCAUCACAAACUGGAACCGCAAACUGGGCUGCAAGUGCCAGUACAAGCACAUCGUGGACUGGUGUGGCUGCUCCCCCAACGAUUUCAAGCCCGCGGACUUCCACCGCUUCCAGCAGACCGCCCGCCCAACGUUCUUCGCGCGGAAAUUUGAAGCAGUGGUGAAUCAAGAAAUAAUCAGCCAGCUGGACUACUACCUGUAUGGCAACUAUCCGUCGGGCACCCCCGGGCUCAGGGCAUACUGGGAGAACGUGUACGACGAGCCUGACGGGAUCCACAGCGCCAGCGAUGUCACGCUGACCAUGUACCACUCCUUCGCUCGCCUGGGUCUGCGGCGAGCAGAGACCUCGUUGCACACAGAAGGGGACAACCGCUGCCGGUACUACCCCAUGGGCCACCCGGUCUCAGUCCAGCUCUACUUCCUGGCCGACCGUUUCCAGGGCUUUCUCGUCAAACACCAUGCAACAAACCUGGCCGUGAGCAAGCUGGAGACCCUGGAGACUUGGGUCAUGCCAAAGAAGAGCUUUAAGAUUGCAAGCCCCCCCAGUGACUUUGGGAGACUGCAGUUUUCCGAGAUCGGCACAGAAUGGGACGCCAAGGAGAGGAUAUUCCGCAACUUCGGGGGACUCCUCGGCCCAAUGGAUGAGCCCGUGGGGAUGCAGAAGUGGGGAAAAGGGCCCAACGUCACGGUAACCGUGAUUUGGGUGGAUCCGGUCAACAUUAUCGCAGCCACCUAUGACAUCCUGAUCGAGUCCAGCGCAGAGUUCACUCAUUACAAACCACCUUUGAACUUGCCUCUCCGUCCUGGGCUCUGGACCGUCAAAAUUCUGCAUCAUUGGGUACUGGUUGCUGAAACCAAAUUUCUCGUCACACCUUUGACCUUCUCUAAUAGGCAACCCAUUAAGCCAGAGGAGUCCCUGAAGCUGCACAGCGGGCCACCCAGGAACGCCUACAUGGAGCAGAGUUUCCAGGGCCUGAACCCCGUUUUGAACAUCCCCAUCAACCCGGCCCAGGUGGAGCAGGCCCGAAGGAACGCCGCUUCCACGGGCCCCAAGCUGGAAGGCUGGGUGGACUCUUUGGUCAGCGGCGUCUGGACCGCGGUGGACAUCUGUGCCGCUGGCCCCACCUCCUGCCCAGUCAUGCAGGCCUGCAGUCAGACCGCGUGGAGCUCCCUCAGCCCGGACCCCAAGUCCGAGCUCGGGCCCGUCAAACCUGAUGGUCGUUUGAGGUAGCAUCAGCAACUCCUGGCCACAGCGUAAGUUUUAAAAGGGAAUUUCCUCUUGAGGGCAGGGGAGUCUUCCCUUCGGGGGAAGAGAGGUUCCGAGGCUCCUUUCCUCACACCUGAAAUCAGAUUGGUAAAGGAACACGUAAGAAACACAGGCAAAGACUGGCAUCGCUUUGUCUUCAGCGGGAGUUUGAUUUGCCCUGUGCGGCAUCCAGCCUCUUUCCCUUCCUCAGAUUGCUCUCCAAGAGCAGUUUAGAUGUCUCUCCAUCUCCUCAGAUGGUGAAACGGGGCAAUCAGCUCCACCUCAGGUCUGACUUCCAGGCAGACUAGCUGAAGAGGCACCCUCCCUCUCUCUCCCAUUACUUCAGAAAGGUGAAUUGUCUCCUUCUCUAAGUGACUUAGUGUUAUUCUUGAUAAAGUACUAGAAUUGGAUUUUUAAAAGAUGACUUUGUUGGCCUGGAAUUUACUCAUCAGGCAUUUCAAAAUCUACUCUGAGAAAUCAUCAUGGUACCCAUUUUGACAGCUCACCCAGGGAAGUGGCAAAUUCGCGGUGUGCUUCUGAGGAGAAACCAUGUGUUUUUCCACCCUGCUGUCAAUGUUUCCAUCUAAUGAAAAAUGUGGUCACUUAUAGAGGGAGAGACUCUGACCCUCUCUGCUCUAUUGGGCGUCUGAGGAGGUGAUCAUCACAGUCAGAGGAUGGGGGAUGUUGGGAGAAUCCCCCAUUGUACCUGGAGGCCUGAGGAGCUAGGGAGUCAGUGAAAGUACUGUGCUCAAUAAGAGCUCAGCCACUGAUUGAUCCAUUGAAAGGAACCAAGUCCCUUGAAUAAACCUGGAGCAAGAGCAAUGCCAGACACCUGCCAGGGUUAUUAGGGACCACCAAAUCCCAAAGCCAGGGAUGUUUUAAACUCUGCAAAUAGCACAGUCAGCACUGAUGUGCACAGAUACACAUGUGGACCCGCAGUCUAUUGGAAACAUUUCCAAUCAUUUUUUUUUUAAAUGUCUAUUUUCAUACAUGAUAAGAUCAACCAGAACGUUUUAGAGCAGCAUGAGGUUGUGGUUUGGGGUGGUUUUUGAUCUUUAUAGCUCAAAUCACCAUAACCCUUAAAGGGGCCUGAAGGAUUCCGCUGAUAUCAGUCCCACCCAGUUCACUAAGCUAGGGACAGGUCUACAGUGGACCUGUCCGGCUCUCUUCAGGGUGAGGGUUGGGAGGUUUUGCCCUGAAAGGACUCUUCCUCCCCUUGAAACGAAUGUCACUCCAACAAGAUUUAAUUCCCUUUUAAAACUUGCACACCUGGUUGCAAAGUGACCUGAACAGACAUCCGAAUUUUUGGUCUAUUUUUCUCUCUACAGUGUUGGUUUAAAGCUACUGCAAUUUGCUUUGGACUUGAACUAGCAAUGUCAGCUGUGCUGGCAUCAUGGCAGAGCAUUAAAUGUUGUAUGAAAGAAAGGAGGCAUAGAAGGAACACUUUAGAUAUUUAUUAUUUAUAAGUUUUAGUCAAUGACUAAUUAGUAGGUGCUGUUUUUGCAGCUUGAUGGUUAUGUUAUCUUACUAACAAAAGCUGCCUUUAUUCAGAAAAGGCUCCCCGCUCCCUCCCCUGCCCCCAACUUCUUUUCGUUCUACAUUCUUGAUUUGUGACUGUCAUUGGCACAGUAGCAUUAGAAACUUGAAGUGACUAUGUUCACACCAACAGGUUAAUGUCUUUCAAACCUUCGUUUUUCCUCAAAGCCGGCACUUUUUGAAAACAAAUCAUCGCUUAUACGAAGCAUUCCUCCCUCAACAUCAAAAGUCAGGGGAGGACUCCCCCAGCUAGCU